CCCUAUCUUAUGUACGACGAAGAUGGGACCACGGCGGACCAGAAAAUCGAGGAUGAGAGAAACGCGAUCGAUGCGGCUGGCAUCAAUGGUGAACAGGUUGUCGGUAUGCACGGUGGCAUUGGCGUAGGCGUUGGCAUUGGAAUCGGUGGUUCUGCAUCUGGACACGGGGGUGGCGCCGGGUUGGCUGGUUACUGGCAGCAUGCCACUACCGCCACCGGUUACUGGCCCUCGUUACUCGACUGCUGGACCACGCCACCCAUCGCUUCCACUUCGCAGACCCUCUCCCUGCCCAGAGACGAGAACUAACAGUGGACGUCGUCGUUUUGGUAACGUUGUCCUCGUAACCCAUGAGUAUCUCCCUUACCGAAUUCGAACGUUUUAAGUAUCUUUCUUCCUCUUAAUUCAUUUUCAUUUAAAAAUUAUAUAAAUUAACAAGUACUGUAGGUUCAACGGGGACUCGUAGCGACAACAACGAUGUCCAAUUUUGUUCGACGUUUAACGAAAUCCUUCCCAGACAACUGAACGAAAUAAAUCAGUGCUGUACAUAUGACGAUUGUAAAUGCACGGAUCGAAUGAUUGCAUCGAUACGUAUUUAAUGUUUCGAGGUGCAUGGAAAGAGAAGUUACUUAAAAAAAUCAAUUGAGCUUAACGAAUUUUCAUUUCAUUCGUGAUUCAAGGGAAACACCUAGGUCAUUGACAAAUACUCGAGCCAAAGUGCAAUAAUAUUUUCGAUAAACAAUAUUCGUUCGUUACCGUGUGCGUGUCACUGGAUAUCGUGCGUUUCCAAACAGACAGUCUUUCACGACUCGUGCGAACGAUCUAAUUUAAAGAAGUAAUUAGAGGAGAGGGAGAAACGAACGAGACGAUUAAUAAAGAGAUCCACUGGGGAUUAUGUACUCACUAUUCUGUAGAUACAUGUAUAGUAGACGCUGAUUUUAAUGCGGUUCGUAAAUAUCUUUCAGAAUUGUUAUAUUGUAACGAUAAUAAUAACAUUACCUAAGAUGAAUACCAAAAAGAAAUGAAGAUAUACAGGCUGUAAGUAAACGAAAAAAAAGAGGCCGUCGUCGCGGACGAUGCUUUGUACAGUGAACGAGAUAAAGAAAUCAUUUGAUCGACUAGGCGUAUGCUAUAAAUAUUAUUAACAUUACUGGAGUAAUUAAUAAACUGUAUUCGAUAUCUUUACAGGGCAUGUGUAAUGGGACGUUUGAAGUGUGUCGAUUCAUCCUCUUCGAUUUUCACUUAACUAAUCGUUAGUUAGAAUUAGAACAUCAAUUGAUCCGGUUGUUCGAUCGUUCGAAAAUUGGAUAGGGGUCGAAAUAUAAAAAUGGCCAAGAAAAUGGAAAUGUAGAGGAGAUUAUGAAUUGAUCAACUUCGAAAGUCGAUGCAGGCAUAACGCUAUAGAGAACAAAUAGUGACGUAAGCUAGACGUAAGAGACGACCGCUAUUUGUCGUACAAAUGUUCAUCGUAAUCACAUAUCCCAGUUCCCGUGGUGAGUGAUAUGGAAAUGCCCGUAAAGAAUGUUCUCAUUCCCUUUGUCGUUUCACUCACUACGCGUAAACGUUCCUACUGGGCGAUAUUGAGCGCCGUAAGGCCCCGUUUGUAAUCUAGUCACAAUAAAAAACAAUUCUAUUCUAAG